GGAGGGGGGAGGGGGGUGGGACGAGAGGAAUCCUGGGAACUGGAGUUCGAUGCAGGGAAUAGCAGAGGAAGAGAGGAACGCUCGUUCUAGGAACUUAUUUGAAGGUUGCAACUGUGGCUAUAUAAGGUGGCUGCUUCAUCCCGGGAACACGGAUAUCAGAACCACUACUCUCAACAAGCAACACAGUUGUGUACAAUACAUUACAUUGCAGUGCAAUACAAAGCAAAAUAUCAAAGCAUCAGCUUCAGAAAUCUAUAUAUAUCUGCCAUUCAUCCCCUCGAUAUAUCGACCUUCUCCUCAUCUCUCUUCCAUCAAGUCUGAUAUAUUCGUUGCAUCUCAUCAACGCAAACACCAACCCACCACCAUUACUACUACCAUCUAUAAAUCACUCAACUCUACCAGCAUCAUAAUGGCCGCCUUCGCUUCUUCUUUCGACGCUUCCGUCUCCAUGGCUGACUCCGCUCGAAGCGGCUACAACAUCGUCUCUCGUCCCAACACCGGCCCAGGCUCUGGCUCCAGCUCCAGCUCAGGCUCAUCAUCCAGCGGCCGCCGGGGCAACUAAGAAAACCCAUUUUCUUACUUGCUAAGACGCUUCGACGUUGUACAACUUUUUUGCUUUCUUCUUCUUUUAUUGCCGAGCGUUGAAG